CCCAAGUCGUUAUGGAACUGCAUAGAAGUAUUUCUUCAAUAGAUGUUGCCACUUCGGAAAUUAUUCGUGAUUCAGUUGAUGGGGAUGUCACUAUCCCUGCAGAUCAGGGAAAACAUCGAUUCUUAUUAACAUCAUCGCGAUACACUUUUUUGUUCCCGAAUCUUUCUUGUUUCAAUAGAGAUUUUCAAGAUUUUUUGUACGCAACCUUAGUAAACAUUGCUCUUGAAAAUGAGUUGGAAAACAACAGGUCUCUCAACUGGUGUAAAAUUCUACCGAAGUUUAUUCCUAUAAACACCUUGGGAAAUGGAAAUUGUUUGAUGCAUGCAGCUUCACUUGGUAUGUGUGGUAUUCAUGACCGAAGAUUAACUUUGAGAAAAACUGUUUAUCAAGUUCUGAUUGAAGACCAAACAUGUUUGAAAACUUUAUUCACGGAUUUGAUGAUGCUUCAUUUAAACUUCAAUUUAGGCAUGUAUCAGAAACGCUGGCAGUCGGAAGUGAAAAGGCAGUUGGAGGAUCAAAAUUCUGGUAUACCAAUGGAUUUUGGUGUAGAGCAAUUGUAUGAAGACUGGAAGAAAACCGUUACUCUUGCAUCAACAGCAAAAUCAAUCAAUAACCAUAGUUUUUAUUCUCUUGAAGAGAUUCAUAUAUUUGCCUUAGCUAAUAUUCUGCGAAGACCAAUUCUGGUGAUAUGUGACGAUUCUCAUCGUGGUGCUGGUGUAAACCAUGGUGGCAUAUACUUACCAUUGUUGUCAAACUUGGUGGAUUGUAUCAAAACUCCUCUUAUAAUUGGCUAUCACCAUGGACAUUUUACAGCACUUGUGAUGGCAGAAAAUAAUGAGAGAGGGCAUACAUUGGCCGAUCACAAAAUGGUGAUUGGAGUACCAUUAAUGAAACAUAAUGGCCAGCCUAUGAAACUCCGUUGUUUGUUACCAGAGGAAAGAAAUUACUCUGAUCGACUACAACGGGAAUAUUUAAACUGUUUAAAGUUACAUUACACAUUUGACAAUGAGUGUGAAAUGAAAAUACUUGUCGCUGAAAUGGAAGCUUGUGAACAAAAUCCACAUGUUUAUGGAAUGUUAAAAAGAUAUUUUAAAUCAAUGGAAGAUAUACAUUUGGAAACAUUGACAUUGAAUCAGCUAUCACUUAAUGACCAAAGGACAAUCACAUCAUAUUCAACAAAACAUGAAGACCAUUUUAAAAAUAGUAAAGAGCAGAAACCAUGUGCCAAGAUUAACUGCAGAAACAUUGCCAGUAUCAAUAGCAACUAUUGUCAUCAAUGUAGAAACACAGACAACACCCGUAUUUGUACUUCUCCUGGCUGUGGUUAUACUGCCAACCCAGAUUAUGAAGACUUAUGUUCUACCUGUUUCACAACAUUGAAAUCUAUACUACACGAGGGAACAAAGACGGCAACUCCUUCAGCGUCACCUAAUGAUAGAUGUUACAAUAACUGCGUGAACAAAGCAAAAAAGGACGUCGGACAAUCCAGAUCCGUUGUCCAAUGCAAUAGAACUAGAAAAACAACUAACAUGGGAAGGAAAGAUGGAAAGAAAUUUCAGGUUUGUGAUUUUAAUGAUCAGAGGACAAUGGCAUCAUAUUCAACCAAAUAUGAAGACCAUUUUAAAAAUAGAAAGGAGCAUAAACCAUGUGCAAAGAUUAACUGCAGAAACACUGCCAGUAUCGAAAACAAUUAUUGUCAUCAAUGUAGAAACACAAACAACACACGUAUUUGUACUUCUCCUGGCUGUGGUAACACUGCGAGCCCAGAAUAUGAAGACCUAUGUUCUGUCUGUUUUACAACAUUGAAGUCUAUACUACACGAGAGACCAAAAAGGGCAACUCCAUUUGUGUCAGUUAGCGAUAGAUGUUAUAAUGACUGUAUGAACAAUGGAAAUGAGGACUUACGUGGCCUGUGUUAUGAUUGCUACAAAGAAAAGUUUCUCAAUUGUCGUUCUUCAGGAAAAAAAGAUAUCGGACAAUCCACAUCCAAUGUGCAAGGUAAUACAACUAGAAAAACAACAAACAGUGGAAGGAAAGAUGAAAAGAAAUUUCAUGUUGUUAACGCAAGUUCAUCCACGCGCUCAGUUAACGUUGUAUCCCAUCCAAACUGUGCGAAAAUUUCGCCAAUUUCAAGAAAAGUAGAAACGGUCGAGAGAAGAUGUCUGACUAAAAAAUGUCUGUUCUUUGGUACUCCAGAGAAUGAAAACUUGUGUUCACAAUGUUAUGCAACUCUAAAACUAAAGUCGGAAAAGAAGACUCAAGACAGAAAAAAAACGAGAUAAAAAGAACAGGAAAAUAACGCAACAAGCCAUGCUUUGCACAGGUUUCAUUACGAGAAUGAACUUCAUUAUCAGGAGAAGGAAUUAUUUGCCAACUUUUCAGUUUCACCUAGAGUAAGGUUUUUUAUUUUUUAGCCAAUUUUUGGUGAGAAAAGUGCUGCAGCAUCUUCAUCACCAGCUCAAAGGCUGUGGAUGUUUUGGAACAGAAGAAAAUCAGGGUUUUUGUUAUAAAUGUUUUGAGUCAGGGAGUAUCCGUUACAUGUUUAAAGAUGUAAAUCGUCCAAGUUAGUAAAGUCCCGAGAAGAAUUGUAACUGUUGGUGUUGAUGUUAAUGUAUUCAAUGUAUUUAAUGUAUUUAAUAUGAAAUGUAUUCACUUACUUAUAUAAA